CCGCAGCCGCAGCGACGGCAGCCACGGGAGCCGCCGCGCAUUAUGCAAAGCGGCGGCAGAUGCGAGCGGGGCCAGCCGGGCGCGCGUCGGCCUCCCCUCCCAGCGGCUCCCCCCGCCGCCGCCUGACUCUCCCGGGAGACUCCCUCGGCCCGGACCUGGGGCCGAGGAGGGCCGGGAUGGCCUGAGUGCCCGCGGCGCGGCGGCGCAGCAGCGGGAUUGCACCAUGGGGAACCAGGAUGGGAAGCUGAAGAGGAGCGCAGGUGAUGCUUUGCACGAAGGCGGCGGUGGCGCCGAGGAUGCACUGGGGCCCAGGGAUGUGGAAGCCACAAAGAAGGGGAGCGGGGGCAAGAAGGCGCUAGGCAAGCACGGCAAGGGGGGAGGGGGCGGCGGCGGCGGGGAGUCGGGCAAGAAGAAGAGCAAGUCGGACUCCAGAGCCUCGGUGUUUUCCAACCUGCGGAUCAGGAAGAAUCUGUCCAAGGGGAAAGGCGCCGGCGGCUCCCGCGAAGAUGUACUGGAUUCCCAGGCCCUGCAGACCGGGGAGCUGGACAGCGCUCACUCCCUGCUCACCAAGACUCCGGACCUCAGCCUCUCGGCGGACGAGGCCGGCCUGUCGGAUACCGAGUGUGCGGACCCUUUUGAGGUGACCCGUCCAGGGGGUCCUGGGCCUGCCGAGGCUAGGGUCGGGGGCCGGCCGAUCGCCGAGGAUGUGGAAACUGCAGCAGGGGCGCAGGAUGGACAAAGGACCAGCUCGGGCUCGGACACGGACAUCUAUAGCUUCCAUUCGGCUACGGAGCAAGAGGAUUUGCUUUCAGACAUCCAGCAGGCGAUCCGCCUGCAGCAGCAGCAGCAGCAGCAGCAGCUCCAGCUCCAGCUCCAGCAACAGCAGCAGCAGCAGCAGCUCCAGGGCGCCGAGGAGCCUGCAGCGCCCCCCACUGCCAUCUCCCCUCAGCCCGGGGCCUUCCUGGGCCUGGACCGGUUCCUGCUGGGGCCGAGCGGCGGGGCUGGGGAGGCCCCGGGCAGUCCGGACACCGAGCAGGCGCUGUCCGCGCUCUCCGACCUGCCCGAGAGCCUGGCCGCCGAGCCCCGGGAGCCCCAGCAACCGCCGUCCCCCGGCGGCCUCCCGGUCUCCGAGGCGCCCAGUCUCCCGGCAGCGCAACCCGCGGCCAAAGACUCGCCCUCCUCCACGGCUUUCCCAUUUCCCGAGGCCGGGCCGGGGGAGGAAGCGGCCGGAGCCCCCGUGCGAGGGGCUGGGGACACGGAUGAGGAGGGUGAGGAGGAUGCUUUUGAGGAUGCGCCCCGGGGCUCUCCGGGGGAGGAGUGGGCCCCGGAGGUGGGAGAGGACGCCCCGCAGAGGCUGGAGGAAGAGCCGGAGGAGGAGGCGCAAGGACCUGACGCCCCCGCGGCCGCUUCCCUGCCCGGCAGCCCCGCGCCUAGCCAGCGCUGUUUCAAGCCCUACCCGCUCAUCACCCCCUGCUACAUCAAGACCACCACCCGGCAGCUCAGCUCGCCCAAUCACUCCCCGUCUCAAUCCCCUAAUCAGAGCCCCAGGAUCAAGAGGCGGCCGGAACCCUCCCUGAGCCGAGGGUCCAGAACUGCCCUGGCCUCCGUAGCCGCCCCGGCCAAGAAGCACCGGGCCGACGGCGGCCUUGCGGCCGGCCUGAGCCGCUCGGCUGACUGGACGGAGGAGCUAGGCGCCCGCACGCCCCGGGCGGGAGGCUCCGCGCACCUGCUGGAGCGCGGGGUGGCCAGUGACAGCGGCGGUGGGGUGUCCCCAGCACUGGCCGCCAAGGCGUCUGGGGCGCCCGCGGCUGCGGAUGGCUUCCAGAACGUGUUCACAGGGCGAACGCUGUUGGAGAAGCUGUUCAGCCAGCAGGAGAACGGGCCUCCAGAAGAAGCAGAGAAGUUUUGCUCCCGGAUCAUUGCCAUGGGUCUUCUCCUUCCUUUUAGUGAUUGCUUCAGGGAACCGUGUAAUCAGAAUGCCCAGACGAAUGCAGCUUCGUUUGAUCAAGAUCAACUUUAUACCUGGGCUGCAGUUAGUCAACCCACACACUCGUUGGACUAUUCAGAAGGGCAGUUUCCUAGGCGAGUUCCAUCCAUGGGGCCACCAUCCAAACCUCCCGAUGAGGAACACAGGCUCGAGGAUGCUGAAACAGAGGAUGAUGGAGAAUCUCAAUCUGCUGUUUCCGAAACUCCCCAAAAACGCUCAGAUGCUGUCCAGAAGGAAGUUGUUGACAUGAAGUCUGAGGGACAGGCCACUGUAAUUCAGCAGCUGGAACAGACUAUUGAGGAUCUGAGAACCAAAAUAGCUGAACUAGAGAGGCAGUAUCCUGCCCUGGACACAGAGGUGGCCAGUGGUCGUCAAGGGCUUGAGAAUGGAGUGACAGCCUCAGGCGAUGUCUGUCUCGAAGCUCUCAGGUUAGAAGAAAAGGAAGUACGGCAUCAUAGGAUUUUAGAGGCGAAAUCGAUACAGACUUCCCCCACGGAAGAGGGUGGGGUGCUGACACUGCCUCCUGUGGAUGGGCUGCCAGGGCGUCCUCCAUGCCCCCCUGGGGCUGAAAGUGGACCUCAGACAAAGUUCUGUUCAGAGAUUUCUUUGAUUGUGUCUCCAAGGCGAAUAUCAGUCCAGCUCGACAGCCAUCAGCCCACACAGAGCAUCUCACAGCCUCCACCACCUCCAUCCCUUCUGUGGUCUGCUGGUCAAGGACAGCCUGGGUCACAGCUGCCCCAUUCUAUUUCUACCGAGUUUCAAACCAGCCACGAACACUCUGUUUCCUCUGCCUUUAAAAACAGCUGUAACAUCCCAUCUCCACCACCUCUGCCUUGCACAGAGUCCUCCAGCUCCAUGCCUGGCCUGGGCAUGGUGCCUCCCCCACCUCCCCCUCUCCCUGGCAUGACAGUGCCUACUCUGCCCAGUACAGCCAUUCCCCAACCUCCUCCUCUGCAGGGUACAGAAAUGCUGCCACCCCCUCCCCCUCCUCUUCCCAGAGCUGGCAUACCCCCUCCUCCCCCUCUUCCCGGAGCGGGCAUACCCCCUCCGCCCCCUCUUCCCGGAGCGGGCAUACCCCCUCCGCCCCCUCUACCCGGAGCGGGCAUACCCCCUCCUCCCCCUCUUCCCGGAGCGGGAAUACCCCCUCCGCCCCCUCUACCCGGAGCGGGCAUACCCCCUCCUCCCCCUCUUCCCGGAGCGGGAAUACCCCCUCCUCCCCCUCUUCCCGGAGCGGCAAUACCCCCUCCACCCCCACUUCCCGGAGCGGCAAUACCCCCUCCACCCCCACUUCCCGGAGCGGGCAUACCCCCUCCUCCCCCACUUCCCGGAGCGGCAAUACCCCCUCCACCCCCACUUCCCGGAGCGGCAAUACCCCCUCCACCCCCACUUCCCGGAGCGGGCAUACCCCCUCCUCCCCGACUUCCCGGAGCGGCAAUACCCCCUCCACCCCCACUUCCCGGAGCGGCAAUACCCCCUCCACCCCCACUUCCCGGAGCGGCAAUACCCCCUCCACCCCCACUUCCCGGAGCGGGCAUACCCCCUCCGCCCCCACUUCCCGGAGCAGGAAUACCCCCUCCACCCCCACUUCCCGGAGCGGGCGUACCCCCUCCUCCCCCUCUACCCGGAGCGGGCAUACCCCCUCCGCCCCCUCUACCUGGAGUGGGAAUACCUCCUCCGCCCCCUCUACCUGGUGCUGGGAUUCCCCCACCUCCUCCCUUGCCAGGUGUGGGGAUUCCACCUGCUCCAGCUCCCCCACUCCCUCUACCUGGGACAGGAAUCCCACCGCCCCCUCUGCUUCCUGCAUCAGGCCCUCCACUCCUCCCACAAGUUGGGAGUAGCACUUUAGCAACCCCACAGGUGUGUGGAUUUCUUCCUCCUCCAUUGCCAAGUGGCUUGUUUGGAUUAGGGAUGAAUCAGGACAAAGGGAGUAGGAAGCAGCCCAUAGAGCCUUGUCGACCAAUGAAGCCUCUUUACUGGACCAGGAUUCAACUACAUAGUAAAAGAGACUCCAGUACUUCACUUAUUUGGGAAAAAAUUGAAGAGCCAUCCAUAGAUUGUCAUGAAUUUGAGGAAUUAUUUUCUAAAACUGCUGUAAAGGAGAGAAAGAAACCUAUCUCUGAUACUAUCUCAAAGACGAAGGCUAAACAAGUUGUCAAGUUAUUAAGCAACAAAAGAUCACAAGCAGUUGGAAUACUAAUGUCUAGUCUUCAUUUAGAUAUGAAAGACAUACAACAUGCUGUUGUGAACUUGGAUAAUUCUGUGGUUGACCUGGAGACCCUUCAAGCUCUCUAUGAGAAUAGAGCACAGUCAGACGAACUCGAAAAAAUAGAAAAGCAUGGCCGAUCUUCCAAAGACAAGGAAAAUGCCAAGUCUCUGGACAAACCUGAACAGUUCCUUUAUGAACUGUCACUAAUCCCCAACUUUUCAGAGCGAGUCUUUUGCAUCCUGUUCCAGUCCACAUUUUCAGAAAGCAUUUGCUCAAUUCGUCGCAAACUGGAAUUACUACAGAAAUUGUGUGAGACAUUAAAAAAUGGCCCAGGGGUUAUGCAGGUUCUAGGUUUGGUUCUUGCCUUUGGCAACUACAUGAAUGGAGGAAAUAAGACUCGAGGACAGGCAGAUGGCUUUGGAUUAGACAUUCUUCCAAAACUGAAAGAUGUCAAGAGCAGUGACAAUAGCAGAAGCCUUUUGUCAUAUAUUGUUUCGUAUUAUCUCCGAAAUUUUGAUGAGGAUGCUGGAAAAGAACAGUGCCUCUUCCCACUGCCAGAACCCCAGGACCUUUUUCAGGCCUCACAGAUGAAGUUUGAAGAUUUUCAAAAAGAUCUCAGAAAACUGAAGAAAGACUUGAAAGCCUGUGAAGUUGAAGCAGGGAAAGUAUACCAGGUCUCCUCAAAAGAGCAUAUGCAGCCUUUCAAGGAAAACAUGGAACAAUUUAUUAUUCAAGCCAAAAUUGACCAAGAGGCAGAGGAAAAUUCACUGACAGAGACUCAUAAAUGCUUUUUGGAGACCACGGCAUAUUUCUUCAUGAAACCAAAACUUGGAGAGAAGGAGGUGUCCCCAAAUGCUUUCUUCAGUAUCUGGCAUGAAUUCAGCUCUGACUUUAAAGACUUCUGGAAGAAAGAGAACAAACUUCUUCUACAAGAGAGAGUAAAAGAAGCCGAAGAGGUGUGUAGACAGAAGAAGGGAAAAUCACUUUAUAAAAUAAAACCAAGACAUGACUCUGGAAUUAAAGCAAAGAUAAGCAUGAAAACUUGAACAAUGAAAAGCAGAAUGAAAAUGAGUCAUUGCAACGACUUUCACAAAAUUCAGCUGACCUGAGAGUGGGAGGGAAACUACCGUCAUUCUGCUCAUGUUUCUUCUUGACCUCUUGCAUAAUCUUUUUGUUUUCUAGACAGUUCACUAAUUGUUGAAUUUUACUGUAUAUUCAUAUAAAAAUGCAAAAGUACUAGACCAGUGGAGAAUUUGACACCUUUUCUUUUUGUAAAAGUUUAUGGUAUUAUACCGAUAGACCAAAACAGCAUAUGUAAGAGGCAGUAUCUGCACUAAUUCUCAACAUGCUAAACAUUAACUAAAAUUCACUGUUGUGAGAAUAUUCCUCGUCACAGCAAAAACACUUUCCUUUCUACUGACAACCAGUCCUCCACAUCACAGCAUUUAGACAUAUGGGUAAAAUGUUAUUUCUAGUGAAUUGUUUGUAUCAGUUUCAUGUCUAAGUAUAAAUUUUCUAUUUUAAAAUUUAAGAACCGUUUAUAAUCAGUGCUUUCCCAACUCUUGGGUUGCUCUCCAUAACUAUAUAUUUGUGAAAGAAAAUGGUCAUUUUUUUUACUGAAGUCAUAUAAUGACUUGGGUCAGCUCAUCAUGCAUUGUGAUGGUUUUGUAUGAGCUGGGUGUUUUUUUCCAUUACUUUUAAUGAUCUUCGUUGCAAGUUACAGUUGUGGAUAAAGGGCAGAAUUUAUUGCUCUUGCAAACCAAUUAUGGAAAGCAACUUAAGAAAAACAAUGUUCUAAAUCAUAAUUGUUUGUAUUUAUGUAAAGUAUGGUCUCUUACUUUUUAGUUUGUAGUUUAAGUGCAAAGAAACAGCAGUGGUUUUUUUUCUAUUGUUUUGUAGUCUUCCUGUCCCCUUCAGUCCCUCCAGUGUGUAUAUUACCAUUCUCCAAUGAAAUAAUAGGGCAUUUAACAAAGAUCGCUAUGUGCAAUACUGUAUUUAGUGUUUCUAUUUCAAUUUUUCUAGGAUGUUAAUUUAUAUGAAAAUAAAAUGAAUAAUAAAAGAAUAAAGAUACUUGCAAAAGA